AUGGAGGGCAAUGCUAAUAAACCGGGGGCAGAAGGCGGCCACGGCGCCGUGUGGGAGACUUUGAAGACGAUGGACUACCUGUUUAUUAAAUUCAAGCAGGCUGCAUACGAAACUCGACUUGAAGAUGCCUCUCAUUUUAAGUCUGGUAUUGACUGCGGGUGGUCUAAGCUUGAAGACUACUAUGUCAAGUCAGACAGGACACCUGUCUACCGAGCAGCUCUAGCGCUCCAUCCUUCUUACGGAUACGACAACUUUGAGAGGCACUGGAAGAAAGCGAUGGGUAAGCCUCAAUGGUAUAAUGACAUGCAGUCGGCUCUCAGGCACGCUGAAGUUGAAACGGAAGCUCAGACUGGGUUUUCGGAAGAUGAUGAUGGCAUCGAUACUGAUGCUAAUGAAUACAGCUCGUUUGGAAAGAGGUCAAUCAGCUCGCUGAAUGCACAGCGGAAGAAGGCCAAGGCAGUUAGCGAGCUUGACAGAUUCCAGACACGGCAAAUCUAUGCCGAGGAUCUUGACGUCGCGAGCCCUCUUGAAUGGUGGAGCCGACAUCAACAUGAAUAUCCAGUCUUGUAUCGGAUGGCGCUAGAUCUAUUCUCUAUUCCUGGAAUGAGUGCUGAAUGUGAGAGAGUGUUUAGCCAGACAAAGAAGAUGAUCACUGACGAGCGAAACCAAUUGUCUCCAGAGGCAGUGGAGGCUGAUCAACUUCAAAAGCACUGGUUAUUGAGAGGGUUAGUAACGUAG